ACUCAUAAAUAGAUUAAAAUGAGGAAAAAUAUCGUUAGAAAAUCGGUUAAAGUACAAUUAAAACAGUAUUUGCUUGAAAUUAUUGUAUUGCAAUACAGUUCUAAAAACUUUAUCUAGGUAACUAUAAUGUUUUCUAUUAUAUAUUUUUAUUAAGUUUAAUUUAUACAUUCUGACCACCCCCUUCAUAAUGUUUUAAUUUUAUAUCCACAUCGUAAUGAGUGGACAAUAUACACGUGAUUGUGUUCCCAUGUAUAAAUAUCUAUCUCUCUGGCACUAUAUAUCCAUUUUGAAUGCGCUGUUGUUCAAAGCGGUUCAAACCCAGACUGGACGUAAAGUAUCAAGUGAAAUCCCAACAAUGAUGUUGAAAGGCUUUUAUCUUCUCGUCUUGGUGGCUGUUGUCCACUGUAAGACAAAAAGGUGCUGUUUCCCACAAAACUGGCAGUUACAACAAACAUCAGUAAAUGCUUAUGCUUAUAACACAACAAAGGAAUUAGAAAUGUUUACCAUUGAUAUAUUCUUUGACAGCGUGGAGAAAAAAAUAAGGCAAGAUACAUUUUCCUCCAAGGAUAAUGUUACACUUCUUCAGCUAUUCAAUGCGAACGUUGGUUUCAGGAUUUUGAACAAUAGACAAUGUACACUGUUUGAACCAGGCCAUUUUCCGCCGGAACCGAUUUGCAUCCCGGAUACAUGGAAAAGAUACGACGAAUACAGACUCGGAUUCAAGCCCAGCAUUAAUGUUGCUGAUUACGGACACAGUGAACAUUCCGUAUCCGUUUACGUCAGCUUAACUGACAACUGUACUCCUGUCAGCAUAACAUCAUUUGGAUUCCCGAGUAAAGACACAAUGACCCUGUUUGCAGCACAUUUUGAAAACUAUUUACCAGAUAUACCGGAUCCAUCGGUGUUCCAUGUUCCUGCAAUCUGCAAACAUGCAUUGAGGGACUACGAACUCACAAAAGAACCAUUGCAUGAAAAGAUGUUCUGGAGAGAAAUGUUUGCCGAAUAUUGACCUGAUAUCCUAUCAAACUGAUUGAAACUGUUGGACAGUUUGGAUGUUACAGAUCAGAAUUAUGAAGUCUUGACUAAACACAAUUGUCAAUUUCGAUAUUGCUACAAACAGUAAAAUACAAAUCAAUAACAAUUAAACAUAAAAUGUGCAACUCCAACGUACAAUAAUUUAACUUGUUACGGUAAAUAUUGCAGCACGUUUUUCUGCCGUAUCACAUUUAAAUUACUUUGAUAACAAAACUAGAAUAUGAUUUGCAAAUUUGUUACUAUUUUCUACACAAACUAGUUAUAUGUUAUUAUCAUAUACAUUAUGAAGUUCCAAACUUACUCUUCUUAACAUAAUAUGAUUUGUAACUACCUACAACAUGAUGAUGUCACUAAUAAAACCAAAGAUGCAUUACCAAU